AUGAAUUAAGGUAAUUAAGACAAGAGAAAAUAAAGAGAUUAUGAAGAUGAUGAUUCAGAAGAAGAGGAAAUUGAACAACCUAUAAGUGUACAUAAUAAAGGAGAUAUGGAAGAGGAAAUAAAUCUUGACUUUGUAUUCCUUGAUCCAAAUCAAAAAUAAUUUCACUCUAUUAAAACAUUCAUGAAUGGCUAUUUAGAGGGAAUAAGUUUUAAAUCUUCUGAAUUGGCUAAUAUUAUAUGUGAUCAAGUUGAAUUGGGAACUAUGGUAGGACAAGAGGAUGAAGACAAUGUUUUUGGUUUUACUACAAUAUUAAAUAUUGGUGAAAUUAAGUAAAUUUAUUUUUAAUCAUCAAUAGGAGUAAUGUUAUUGGUGAAAUUUUGCAUUAUGUAGAUACUAAAUCUCAAUAAUUCAAUAAAUAACAUUAAUAACUUUAACACAUCUUUUAAACACCUAAAAAAAUUGGUUUAUUUAUUAAUGAAAGAAUACUUAAUUUGGCUCCAUAAUUAGUUCCUAUUUUGCAUAAUUAACUUGUAAUUUAUACAUUUUGAUUUUAGAAAGAAGAUAUCAAUUGGUUACAAAAAGAAGACCCAUCUAAUUCACUUACAAAUUUAGAUUAUUUACUUGUAAUUACUAAAAGUUUUAAAGAUAAUGAUUAAUAAAAGUAGACUUAAAAAGUAAAUAAAUUAUUAAAAAUUAGAAAUCUACUACAGAUUUAAAUGAUUUGAUAUUCUAAAAGUUUGAGGACUUUGUCUUUUUAUAAAAAUCUGUAGUUUCAUUUCGAUUCUUAAGUGAAGGAUCAAAAUAAACUUAAUAAGUUUCUGACUUUAUGAAGACUGAACAAGAUGGUUAAAUUUGUUAUCGAUUGAUAUAUUUGAUACAAUUAAAAGAUUAUCUAGCAUAAAUAGCGAAUAUUGAAAAAUAUGUAUAAUAAUGA